GUGCUUGGGUUCGAGUCUUGACAUAAUCAGGUAAGGGGUUGGUGCUGAAACUGUGACUAAUCCCCAUGUCACUCGAGAAUAUGUUGCGUGGGACCUGACGCGAUGCUUCUUGACGAGGUGUGAAGACCACUAUUUUCUUAUCUCCCGUCCCCUAAGAAAAAGACGAGAGAGAGAGAGAGUGUAACUGCUAAAUUAUAAGACUAGGUGGGAACAUUUUACGGCUUUAUUAUUGAUUCUUGCUGUAGACGAAGGAUGUGUUGUACCUCUCUACAAAUAGUAGAACAAAGGGAAUUCCAGAGGCAGCCCAUGAUAUUAUUACUACUAGUACUGUUCUUUUCUCAUACUUCUGUGUGCAAUUGGAUUUGAAUUUUGGUUAAAGGAGUGUGAAUUUUAGUAUGGAAAGAUCGAGAGUGACGAAAACUAUUGCCGCGGGAAGCAUACCUCCACAGCCAAUUUUUGACAUCAUUGAACCCACUCAUCCUUACCAUUCUUAUCCACAAAAAUCAACUGUUAGAGAUGCAUCCUUUUCUUCUUAUCUCAGACCGACGCCAGAACAGAUUAAUCGAGUUGAUGAUUCUGAGACACGCAUUUUUGAUGCGCAGAGUUAUUACUUCAACGAAAGUGGCAGCUGUGAUCCCAAAUUGAACAAGAGAUUUUCUCCAGUUAAUGCUAAUCUUGAACGCAUAUCCGAGCGAUAUGAUUUCUCUUCGGUUCCUAGAUUUUCUUCUGCUUCAUCUUCUGUUGUGGAUGGAUAUGGUAGGAAUUAUAGAGCUCGCUCUUUCCACGCAACGCCAACAGCUUCAUCUGAAGCUAGUUGGAAUAGCCAGACUGGCUUAUUGUCGAAUCCACCUGGUGCUAUCGCUGUCUCGAUGCGAAAUCCAGCUCGAAACGAUGACAAGAAAAAGGGGUGCGGCACAAAAUGGCUUCUUGGGAGAAAAUGUCCAUGUUCAGGUAAGAAAUCUGUUCAAAUUGAGGAAAAGCUAUCAGAAGCAAGAACCCCAUCGCGGAUAAGCCACCCUAGAGUCUCUUCGGAUCUCAAAAAGAAGAUUCAGAAUCAAAUUCCUACCACUGUAGAAAAUCCUAUUGAAAAAAGUUUGGCUGCAUCGGACUGGCUCGAAAGGCGUGAAGUAAUUCCUAGCACUCAUAGAAUCUCAUUAGAGAACAAGCUCGAAAGACGUGAAGUGAUUCCUAAUUCUCACCGAAUCUCAGCAGACAACAACCGAUUCCCUUCAGGCUUAAGCCACCAACUUGUAGUGGCCUCAGCAGGACCAUUCAGUACUGACACUGCUGACAACAACCGAUUCCCUUCAGGCUUAAGCCACCAACUUGUAGUGGCCUCAGCAGGACCAUUCAGUACUGAUACUGCUGGGUUCAGUUUUCCUGUACAGAGCCAAACCCCACCUCCUAUAAAACUGGCGUUGCCAUCAGCUACUUAUAACCCUCCUCUUGAGGAUCCACCUCGCUAUUCGUUGGAAGUUUUUCGGCCAGCUGAUGAUCCUAUUCCAACCAAGUCAAUUUCUGAUCUUCACCGACGUCAAAGCUUCACAGUUAUAGAUGAUGACAUGGCAAGUGAUGCAAGUUCAGACUUGUUUGAGAUCGAGAGCUUUUCAACUCAAACAACAUCAUAUGCAAUGUGUCCUAAUCUUCGUGAUUCUCUUGAUGAUGCUUCAAGCUUUAACGCAAGGCGAUUAGCUGCAACCAAUGGAGGGAGUUUGUAUUGUAGACGAAGUCUUGAUGAUCCUAGAACACCAUCAGUUGCAGCAACAGAAUGUUAUGAGCCAAGCGAGGCUAGCAUAGAAUGGAGUGUGACAACAGCAGAAGGCCUUGAUAGAGGAAGCGUUACAAACUUCUCAGUUAGUGCAUCAGAAGUUGAUGAAAUGACAAUGAUGCGCGGCGGCGGCGGCGGCGGAGGAGCAGGGAAGAAGAGAGGAGGGAAUGGAGGGUUGUUGAUGAACUGUAGGUGUGAGAAGGCGGUAAGUGUGGGGCCACAUCCGGUAAAAUGUGUGCUUACAGAGGGACAAAGAGUAGUGAGUUCCACACAGAGGCAUGUGGGAAGUAGGGCAGCUAUUAAGAACAAACCACCACUAGCUAGGUCUCACUCUGUUCGCUUGCCAUGACCUUUCGCAGUAUAGUAAGCAAGCUGUGAUGGUAAACAACUUGCAUCCCAUGUUCGGCAGAUACUCUUUUCUUCCUUUUGACUGAGUGUUGAUCAAGCAACUUAAUACUUUUGUUUGAGUGAAUAAAUGAACAACUACAAUGUAUUUGAAGUUCUUACACA